AUGGCGGUGGAAGGGAGGCUGACGAAGAAGAAAAUGAUUGACACCGCAAGUCUAUUUAAACAGAGGAGGAGAUCCAUUGGUUGCGGCGCCGGGAGCCGCCCCGCCGCGGCUGGCAAGCCCGGCCUUAAGGUGGCCCGGCGCGUCCCCGCCCGCGCGCGCGCGCGCCGACUCCGACAUCGCCGCCCGGAGAUUGGCUGGUCGCGUGACUGCCGGAGGUGCGCCGCUGCCAGCAAACCUGCUCCGGCUGGCCUCGGAGAAAUUAAAAACGAGACAAACAAACUAGCCAAACGGCCGGGGAGCCGGGGAGGGGCGGGGGCGGCGGGACCUCGGGUUCAGGUCACCGCGCUGCGCUGGCUGGCGCGCCCACUCCGCGCCCGGGAAACCGAGGGGCUGGAUCAGAUGAUCUCCAAGGUGGCUGGCGGCUCGUUUUACGCCUCGGUGGCGAUCGUGUUUUCCCGGCACUCGCCGGGCCGCGGGUGCGGGCCACUGGGGGCGGAGGCGGACAGUGGGAGUUCUGCCCCCAGCUGGGCUCUCGCCGGUGGCCCCAACCUCUGGCACUGCGGGGCUGGGGGCGGGGGAGCCUUCGCCGAGGGCCUGGGAGCCCCCCUGCCUGGGUGCCUCGGCUGUGGGUGAGCAGUGGUUAGCUCACCCUUAACCUAGAAGUCUCUGCUCUUCUGGGGGGUGGCGGGAGGUUGGGGAAGAGGCCAAAGCGAACGUGGGCGCAGCAUUUGUAAUCUAGUCUGAACCCAAGCUCUCUCCCUCAAUAAAAAUAAGGAUUUCAAGAUCAAAAACUCGACUGGUCUCCCAGGUCCCUAAUAAAACCUGUAGCUGUCUCAGACACAGGUUUCAAAAGCGAGGUCACACCCCUGACCCAGGUUCUUGCUUCCCGAGCACAUUUAAGGCCACUGACAUGGGCUGCGUGUGGGAACUCCUCUCCUCUUUGUAUUUUUCACUUCUUUCCCGGGUUGUAGCAGUUUCCUCUACCUGAGUCCCGCCGCCAAAUACAACAGCUCCUUCCUUCCUCCACCUUUCCCUCCCACUAGAUUCACUGCUACAACCCACCCAGAGCAAAAUUUAGAUGCAAGUGAAUGCCUUUACAUAGCUACAAAUCGUUGAAGGGUGAAAGUAAUCUGAAAGUCCAGAUUAUGAAAUGAUUCAUAAAACCACAGCAACCCUGUCCUCACUUCUGAUACUAUUAUUUGGGCGUUUCUCUGCUCCCCGUUACAACUUGCAAUUAUCUAUCAACAUGAUCCUGAGCAGGAUGGUGAGAGUUAAAGAUGUAUGGGGAGGGCUGUCGUUUCUGAGACACCACCACCCGCCCAUACAUAUAAUCUUGGUUUGGGUCAAAGUGGAUACAUUUUACUGGAAACUAAUCUCCUUCACUUCUAAUAGUACACAGCAGCAAUGUUUUCUUACGCAUCUAUGCUACAGAUGAGUUUGAUUUUUAACUUUUCUUAACCACGUAUUGUUCCAAAGUGUGUUCCACUUUGUGUCCCUGCCUCACCUCGGCACUCCAGAAUGUAAGAGCUGGCAGGGACCUUCAGAACCCUGUGGCUCAAACCCUCUCUUUCCACCACUGAGGAAAUUGAGAGCAGGAGAGGUUUCCUGUCCAGGACACACAUCCAGUAGAUGGCAGAGCCAGGUCUCCUAACCCUCAGGCUGGUUCAUUUUCUCUUUCUUUCCUUCCUAAUGGUUCAGGUUUUGCCUGGAUUCGCCUGUGCGAUCCUCCUCUCUUGCAAGGGAUUCAAAAUGGCUUCUGCUCAUUCCCUGGGCUGCCUGCAGAUGUUUCCUAGAUGUGGCCUGUGGUCACUGAUAUUUAUACGCAGCUGUCACUGGCCUUUGGUAUCACUAUGCACUAGUUCAACUAAAACGCAGAUUCCAGAAGGCCAAGGGUGAUGAUACCCUAGAGAGCAGUGAGAGAGGCCGUGCCCAAAACUAGUUUCAAAGUCAGGACUUUCCACCUGAUUGGCAGAAAAUAUUUCACCUGCGAUCCACGUGAGAGGUCUCACCUUUAUUUUUGUACACCUAAGGAGCUAUACUUAAUUUCCUGGAUUAGAGAAGGGGGGAGAGGGACAGGAAAAUUAGGGUAGGCCUCAAAACCAUAUUUUAUACACUAUUCCCGGAAUUAGAUCACUGUUGACAUUUUAACAUAAUUGCUAGACUACCCAGGAAUUCUGUAUUAUACAUAAGCAUAAAUCCACAUGUAUAAAUACACAAACUACCACAUAGAUGUAAAAGGAGAUAUUCUAGAGUAUUACAACAUACCACAAGAGUUUGAUUUUAUUCAUGGAAUUAAUAUCUUACAUAAAAGUAGAAAAUUAAUAUUUCUCUCCCCUACACACCCCGAAUCUUUCUUCAAUUAAUAUGUGGGAGCACCAUUUUGUUGCUUUGUUACUCUGGAAGAGUAAAUGAGUCACAGUCACGCCACCUUAAGAAAGGCUGUGCUUAAAUCGACCUUGCUGCGAUCUGAAAGCGUUUUGGUUACAGGCAAGGCACCGGAGAUCGGUAAGGCAAAUAAUGAGUAGUAGCGACGAAGCGUGAAAAAAAUACUAUGGAGUCCCCAAGGGAAGAGGGAACGCGGAGAUCCGAGCGAGCGCCAUCCUCCUUGCGGAAAGUGGGCGGCUGCAAAAGAAUGAAGUCUUAAGACGGAAGGCUGAGUGUUCCAAAGCCAAGGAAGAGAGUGAGGAAGGUACUAGAAGCAGCAUGCCUGUUCUCAUGAAGCAGAGUCCAGAGUCCAUGGUGACAAUACUUGAAGAAGAUGCAAGGACUCCAUAAAUUUUAUGACUGAGGCAUCAUUGCCUUAAUUUACCUACAAUGCACUACACUUCCCCCCAUCUCUGGGGGAAAUGAAAGUUAAAUUCCUGGAAAGAAAAAUAACAUCUUUGAAAGAAAUUGGGUUGCAAGAAGGGUAUCAAACUGAUAUGGUGGGGUCAUUCUUUAAAGAAAAAAUGCAUCAAGCAUUUCUACUUAGAGAAAAAUCUUCAUUUUCAAGUAAAAUAUGGUAAGCGAGGGCAGAUUUACUAGUAUUGCUGGUUUCAAAAGAAUGGGAAAUAAAUAGAAAAACCUGGAGUCAUAACCACAUACCUGAUUUACAUGAUUUAUUUACCUGAUUUAUUCAGCUUCCAAGACUGGAACAUAAGUGGCCAACUUCUGUGAGUAGAAUAUGGAAUUUGGGACAAUAAACAGGUUCACCACCAA